CGGGGGGCAGGAUCGGGGACACUCCGGGAUGCUGAAGGAGGCGGGGGGGUAGAACCAGGGGCACCCCGAGACUCGGGGAAAGAGGGGGAGCAGACUCGGGGGCACCCCGAGGUGCGGAGCUCUCCCCUCGUCCCUCACCCCGGUCUGUGGCGGAGCCUCCGGUGCGCACGGGGCCGGUGCGGGGUCCUGGCGCCCCCGGAGCCGCCCCCCCGGUGCCCCCCCGCCGGCCGGGAUUGGCGGGGCCGCCGAGGCGCCGCCCGGCCCCGCAAGUCUCCAACUUUCUUCCCGCCGCCCCUCACCGCCGCCGCCGCCGCCGCUGCCGCCGCUCCCGGAGCCCCGCGAUGCUCCGCCGCCGCCGCCUGCCCCUGCUCGGGCCCGGGCUGCUGCUGCUGCAGACGGUGUGUGCCGGCGGUCACGUCGCCAAGACCUUGGGGUACCUGGACAUGGGCACCUCCAGCCUCCUCAAGGAUGUCCCCUACGGCACCCUGAAGCCCCCGGUGCUCGACCCCGGGCGGCUGAUCCCGGCAGAGCCCCCUCGGGGCGCGGGGACACCGGCGGGCGCCCCCCGGAGCCCCUGGGACUGGCAGAAGAACCAGACGGGUGGGGAGCUGCCGAGCCCCCGCGCCCACCGCAAGCCCACCCUCAAAUCGAGCCGCACCAAGAAGAUUUUCGGUUGGGGCGACUUCUACUUCAACAUCAAAACGCUCAAAUUCAGCCUCCUGGUGACGGGGAAAAUCGUCGACCACAUCAAUGGCACCUUCAGCGUCUACUUCCGACACAACUCCUCCAGCCUGGGCAACGUCUCCGUCAGCAUCGUGCCCCCCUCCAAGGCGGUGGGCUUCGAGGUGUUGGUGCCCGGCCCCCCAGCUCUGCCCAGGCCGCUGCCCCCUCCCCAGCAGAGCACCCUGCCCGAGGGGCGCCCGGCCAAGGCGCUCAAUUGCCACGUGGAGUACGAGAAGACGAACAGGGCGAGGAAGAACAAACCGUGCCUGUACGACCCGUCCAAGGUGUGCUUCACGGAGCACACGCAGAGCCACGCCGCCUGGCUCUGCGCCAAGCCCUUCAAGGUCAUCUGCAUCUUCAUCUCCUUCCUCAGCAUCGACUACAAGCUGGUGCAGAAGGUGUGUCCCGAUUACAACUUCCAGCACGACAACCCCUACUUCGGCUGAUGAGAUGGGUGGGGGACAGGGGAGGCUGCAGGGUCCUGUUGUCACUCAGGGCUCUCUGUCACCCCCACACCGGCCCCCUCUUCAUCACUGGAGCAUCUCCGUGCUGGGUUGUGGGACAGCCGGGGGUCCUGGACCCCGCCCAUGACAUCCCAUCACUGGGAUUCAAUGGGUCUGGGGGUUGCAGGUUGCCCCCCAAAAUGCCAUCCCAUCCCUGCAGCACCCCUGCACCACCAGUUCUGGGGGUCCCACCCUUGCACUGAGACCCCUUCACUGAGUACCCCAAAAUGGGGUAGAGCCGGUGCUGGGGGUCCUGGACCCCCCCCCACACUGAGACCCAUCACUGGGGUACACCCGUUCCUGGGGGUCCCCUCCACUCAUUGAGACCCCAUUCUGGGGUACACCCAUUCCUGGGGGUCCCCUCCACUCAUUGAGACCCCAUUCUGGGGUACACCCAUUCCUGGGGGUCCCCUCCACUCAUUGAGACCCCAUUCUGGGGUACACCCAUUCCUGGGGGUCCCCUCCACUCAUUGAGACCCCAUUCUGGGGUACACCCAUGCCUGGGGGUCCCAGCCCCCUCACCCACUGACACCCCAUCAUUUCAGCACUGCCUGUGCUGGGGGUCCUGGACCCCCACCCAUUGA